AUGUUGAAGAUAUGGACUGAUCGCGCAGCUGAGAUUGCAGAGCGUGGAUGGUCCUAUGACUACACCUUGGAGGACCUCAACAUCGAUAGUGUGACCAUAUCACAGAAUGGGCAGCGUGCAGUGGUGGAAACAACUCUCACAGAGUCUACUCACCUCAAUGCCAUAGGUCAUCCACAACAUGAUGCUUCUAACAGCAGAACCUACACAACAAGAUAUGAGAUGUCUUUUUCAGGUCCAGGGUGGAAAAUUGUUGAAGGAUCUGUCCUUGAGUCGACAAACGAGACUCUGUCUGCAACUGCAAGUGCUUUCAUUCCGCAGUGUGCUGGAAGGUAUUGUUCUGAGAGUCGUCUGAUGUUAUCUAGCAAAGACACGUAA